UGGGAGGUGACAUGCUUUUUUAUCUUUAAGCUUCCAAUUUCAAUGGUCCUGAAGCAACACCAAAUUGUUGUGGACAUAAUUUGUUUCCACAAUAUGGCUAGGGGCGCAUUGACUUCACUAGUCUCUCAGCCCCAUGACUUGCCAUCUAUCCAGCUUUGCUCUUUAAAACCACACCACACUAAUCACAACCUCACCAACAAACACCCUUAGCCAUGACAACUCUCUCCGCCUGCUCCGCGGCAGACCUAACCACUCUCCUCGGCUCCACCGGCAAUGCCACGGCAGCAGCCGAAUACAUAUGCACACGCUUCACGAACACCACGAACGAUUUUACCAACAUCAAAUAUGCCAUUGACAACACGUAUCUCCUCUUUUCAGCAUACCUCGUGUUUGCCAUGCAGCUCGGGUUCGCCAUGCUUUGCGCUGGGUCGGUCCGAGCCAAAAACACGAUGAACAUCAUGCUCACCAACGUGUUGGAUGCUGCGGCUGGAGGUAUUUCGUACUACAUAUUCGGCUUUGCUUUCGCCUUUGGUGGACCGUCCAACGGAUUUAUCGGGAAACAUUACUUCGGGCUUAAAAAAAUACCCUCACAGUAUUUUGAUUAUAGUUCCUUUCUGUAUCAGUGGGCAUUUGCUAUAGCUGCUGCUGGUAUAACCAGUGGCUCCAUUGCAGAGAGAACUCAAUUUGUGGCUUACCUUAUCUACUCUUCCUUCUUGACAGGUUUUGUGUAUCCUAUAGUGUCACAUUGGGUGUGGUCUGCUGAUGGUUGGGCCAGUGCCUCACGAGAUAUUAAAAGCGGUAGCCUCCUGUUUGAUUCAGGAGCCAUCGAUUUUGCAGGUUCGGGCGUGGUCCACAUGGUGGGUGGGACUGCGGGCCUAUGGGGUGCGCUAAUUGAAGGUCCAAGAAUCGGACGGUUCGACCGCUCUGGACGGUCUGUUGCCUUAAGAGGCCACAGUGGUUCACUAGUUGUGUUGGGUACUUUUCUUUUAUGGUUUGGUUGGUAUGGUUUCAAUCCAGGUUCGUUUUUCCAAAUCUUAAGACCAUAUAAUACAUCAGAUGUUUAUUAUGGUCAAUGGAGCGCGGUUGGAAGGACUGCCGUUACCACAACAUUGGCAGGAUGCACGGCCGGACUAACCACAUUGUUUAGCCGACGGCUACUAGUUGGUCAUUGGAAUGUGACCGACGUGUGUAACGGGUUGCUAGGUGGUUUAGCGGCCAUUACCUCUGGUUGUUCGGUCGUUGAACCAUGGGCCGCAGUCAUUUGUGGGUUCGUUGCAGCUUGGGUGUUAAUAGGAUUUAACAAGCUAGCAGAAAAGUGCAAGUAUGAUGAUCCAUUAGAGGCUGCACAAUUGCACGGUGGGUGUGGUGCAUGGGGCCUAUUAUUCACUGGGUUGUUUGCCAAAGAACAAUAUGUGUACGAGAUAUAUGUAUAUGGCACCGAUCGGCCAGCUUCUAGGCCUUAUGGAUUGUUUAUGGGUGGUGGUGGAAAGCUAUUUGCAGCGCAAAUUAUCCAAAUACUAGCGAUCAUCGGUUGGGUGAGCGCAACCAUGGGUCCCCUUUUCUACAUCUUAAAGAAACUCAAGCUGUUGAGGAUUUCGAGCGAAGACGAAAUGGCAGGAAUGGACAUGACUAGACAUGGCGGAUUCGCGUAUGUUUAUCAUGAUGAAGAUGCUAGUUCUCACCCACCCCCUGGUUUCGCAAUGAGAAGGAUCGAACCCGAUGGUACAAGUCCAGCACCUACCAACGGAUCAUCAAACAAUGUUGUGUAGCCUACUAUUUCCUCCUUUUCUGUGUUUACGUCACCAAAAUGUAAUUUCAUAUCAUUCUAGACAAAGUUUGCUUUUAACUAGUUAUAUAUGAUGUUAGAUCGUCAAGGCUUCAGAUUCAGAUUCAGAUACUAGAUGAUGUAGAUGGCCUCAUUCUUGUUGAACGUCCUGAUCUAUAUGUUGUGUUUGAAGAUAUAAAUGUAUAUAGGAGUAUUAUAUAUUGAUUUGUUAUGUUAUUGUUAUCU